AUGGAGCAGUUGGAAAUCAAACAACAUGAGUGUCUGGCACUGGAUAAAAAUAUCAGAUUGCGAAGCUCCGACGCGUGUAGCCGUCAGAAAUGGGAUCAGAAGCUAGAGUUGAAUGCUCUUCAUAUGAGAAGAGCAGAAGUGGCUCGUGACUGUGUUCAGAAGAAUCAUCAAGAUGCAAUGCUAGCUGAAUCCACGCUGGAUGAGGAAACGAGAAAAACCUGUACUUCUCUUCAUGACAAAUUUCAAUUUGCCAAAGGGUUCACAUCUGAAGAAUCAACAACGUCUUCUGGAAGUCGAAAAAAGAGAUCGAUUAAAAGAAACAAGAGAGAUGCUAAAAAGAGUUCGAAUUCAAAAGCAACAGAGUGCAGAAAUGCUGCCAAGUUGUGGCAUAAACAAUGCUCAGCACUUGCCAAAUGUUGUCCAUUGGUAGAGGACUGCAAACAAUCAACCACCGAAAUCAUGGAUCAAAUCUACGAGGGUCGUCAUAAGCUUCACGACAUGCACGUCAAUAAUUGUAUCUGA